UAAACGGGGGACUUACGUUGCCAUAACGAAGAAGAUGAAGCUGAAUUUGCCUAUAGUCUUAGUAAUCUUCCUUGGAAGUGUUCAACUCAACGAAGGCUUUCUUUUGGGCUACUUGUGGCGCAAAUACAGGGGUUGCAGACCAAAAUGUAAUAAUAUAAUCAUUACCGACGCCAACGUUGGAGCCGCUAAAGGUUGCGUGACAAAUAUAAUCAACAACUAUCGUCAUCCAGAAACAUUCAAGGAAAUUGUUUAUGAAAAAGUCACUACUACCGCAGAAAAGUGGAAAGUAAACGUUGUUACACGUGGCUUAUUUUCAAACUUCCGGCAUUUUGUGAAACCGGUGUAUAAUACAUUGAGUACUGUAAUUGCCGCGAUAUUACCUGCUGGAAAAGAUGUUUUUGAUAUACUUGCUGAAGUUAUAAUAAAAAUUAUCGAAUUCUUUACUGGCCAUAACCCACCACUGAUGGAUCUCAUUAAUAAAUUAGCGGUUGUUCUAGCAUCAUUAGCAAGAAAUGCUUAUAGUACAGCUAUAAAAGUCAUCUUAGCUUGAACGAGAAAGUACCGGAACAAUGCUUUAGAUGUGAUACAAUUUUUUGUCUAGAUUAUAGUACCGGUUUUGAAAAAAACGUAUGAUGUGUCUUGACAAUUAAAUUGUUUGUUAUUGUAA